AUGUGUAAAUAUCUAAAUUUGAUAGAUGAGUCCGAUAUCAUUUCAGAACAUACCCAGUUCAUAGAUAUACGUGGACGUAAACUUCGUAUUGUACAUAUUAUUCAUGAAUUGGGAAGUAAAGUUCCUUUGAUCGUAUUUAUUCAUGGGUUAGGCGGACAAGUAUCACAGUGGCAACGUCAGAUUGAAUAUUUUUCACAAACCGCACAUAUUUUGGCUGUAGAUUUAUUAGGCUGCGGUAAAAGUGAAACUCAUUUAUUACAAAGUUGGGAAUCGUAUACAACAGAGGCUUUAGUUGAAGAUAUUAAAGAAUUGUUGACGGAUAGGUAUAAGUAUCCUUCUACCGUUAUCAUUGCACAUUCCUAUGGAUGUGCUAUUGCUUCUUUUGUUGCUGUAUGUCCCGAAAUACGACCCUGUAUGGCUGGACUCGUCCUUAUUUCCCCAAAGGAACAUGUCAGUAAGAGCCAAUUGAAAGGUCAACAAAGACUAAAAUGGAUACCUGAUUGGUUACUCGACAUAUUCCGAACAGCAGAUCGAAAGGGUCUUUACUAUUCGAAAAGCGUCAACAGAUUUCUAGGGCCUGAUGUGAACGAAUCUAUUCGGAAAAGGCAACUGCUUUGGAAUUUACAGAGUAAAACACCAGUGACCAAACGAUUUUUAGCAGGCGCUCGACUUCCCACCAAAGAUAUCUAUUCCCAGUUAGAUAUGGGCGUGCUUUUAAUUGGGGGUGAGAAAGAUCAGAUCACGCCUCCUGAUGAGAUGCACAUCAUCCGGAAGCAUCUUAUCGGUCUGAACGCAGAUACACCAGAUCACCGUGUACCUGUGCCCCACAUCAUUCCAAGUGUCGGACAUAUGCCUAUGGUCGUACGUCCCGAGUUGGUUAAUCCAGUCAUUUCCGAUUUUCUGAUCCAUCACUGUGGCUUGAAAACGCUGAGUGGCGCGUGGCAGAUAUUACAUAAAACCAAAGGCGAGAACAAGUGGGAUUUGAAAAAUUAUGAAAAGUGGGUCAAUGUAGCCAAUAUCACGGACGGACCUAUCGGACCUUCUUUAUUUAGAGCCAUGAAAGUGAUGCGUCAGACAGAUCCAAGUCAUUCUCCUUCGGCUUUAUUAGCAAAGUACCCAGAAAUUCGAUUUAUCAUCGACAUCUCAAAUGACAUACCGCCUUAUCGUGCUAGUGACUUUGAACACUCUCGCAUUGAAUAUAUCAAGUUUAAGACUGUCAGUAAGAUUCCACCUACGAGAGAGGAAGUGGCCAAGUUUAUCGAAAUCGCGGAUGCUUGCUGGGCAAAAAUCCCUGAUGGCCAGAUCGCUGUUCACUGUCACUAUGGGUUCAAUCGAACAGGGUUCUUUAUUGUCUGCUACAUGAUUGAGAGAUUAGGUCUCUCUGUGCCGGAUGCACUCGAGCAUUUUAAACAAGCUAGACCUCCUGGAAUUAGACAUGCUCAUUUUGUAGAUGAACUUUAUCUUCGUCAUGUAUUGAAUCAACGAUAGAAAAAGUAUUUUGUAUAGACUAAUUUAUCCCAAUGUAAAUUCAGAAAGGGGAAGAGUUUAUUUGUAAAAAGAGAUAAUGAAAAAGGAGAAUAAAAAGUAGUCCCUUG